AUGCCUGGCUCUUCACCCACUAAGCCUGUAGACUGCACAAUUGAUUUCGAUGCCGGCUGUCUUCGAGGAAAGACUGCUGUCGUCACUGGAGGAGGUAGUGGUCUUGGGGAAGCGUACGUUCGAGUACUGGUCAACGCAGGUGUGAAAGUUUGCUUUGGAGAUCGAGAUGUCCACCGUGGAGAACAGCUCGCCUCCGAACUCAAGGACUGUCGUUUCGUGCACUGCGAUGUAACAAAUUGGGACGACCAAGUUCGACUGUUCAGCGAAGCUGCCUCAUUAUCCUCCUCUGGAAAGAUUGACUAUGUAGUCGCGAAUGCAGGUAUCGUACAUGCAGACGAUGUAUUCGCAUUCGAUGGUCCCAACCAGUCACCCAAAAAGCCAAAUCUAGAUAUCAUCCAAGUAAACCUCAACGGCGCCCUCUAUACCAGCAAACUUGCAAUGCACUACUUCAUGACCCAAAAUGGCACAUCGCCAAACCCUUCCCAGACAGACACCUGUCUCGUUUUGAUCGGCUCCGGGGCCGCUUACCUCGACUGUCCACGCGGCCCUCAAUACAGCGCUUCAAAGUAUGCGAUGCGCGGUAUCAUGCACUCUCUCCGUCGCACAGCAUACUACUACGACUCCCGCGUCAAUAUGAUCUCGCCGUGGUAUGUGCGCACGAAGAUCUUGACGGAUGACGAUUUUGAUGCGGUGGAAAAGGCUGGGGUGCAGCUUGCUACUACUGAAGAUGCUGGGCAGUGUCUGUUGAGGAUCUUGAGCGACAGCACUAUCAAUGGGCGGUCGCUUUUCAUCUCGGCAAGGAAGUGGGCGCCAAAGGGUUAUACUGAUCUAGACUUGGAUGAGUACCCUGGAAAUGAUCUGUUGGAGGAGAUCCAGGCUGAUCAAGUAAAGUUUGCGCCUGUGGAGAAGGGCUUAUUUGUUUGA